CCAUCGUCCAUUUUUUCACGUCUAGUAUUGCACAGAAACAUUUUUGCAAUGAAAAGGAACUCACAGCGAGUCCAAGUAUUUUUGUUGUUGUUGUUUUUUUUUUGCUUUGUCAACACGUCACUUCCCACCAGCAAACGAACCCCUUGAAUCCCGCCUCCGAUAUCUUUUGCGGUCGUCACGUAUCAUCUCGUUGGCGGUUUUAUGUGACGUGAUUUUUUUACUUUUCACAUCUUUUUUUUGGGGGGGUGCCAAUUUUUGAAUUGCCCCAAUGGCAUCGUUGAACAUUUUCAGAAAACCAAGACCAAAAAAAAAAAAGUUGUUUUUAACCCUUCCAUGCACCCAUAACGAUAACCUGUAACCCGAUAACGCGGUAAACUGUCCACUGUAGUCGCUGCUGUCCCCAAAGGGGUUAAUUGGCUAAAAAUCACUUCCUGUCUGUUGUGAAGCUAAUCGUUCUGUUUCCUCGCACAACAAGAAAAUCGUCGGCCAACAUGCGCAUUGUAUUUACGAUAAAUGUUUCUGACAGUUCACGCCGGGCUGCGGCAUUCUUAGACUCUUGCCAGUGUGCAUCCGAUUUUUUUUUUUCUUUUUCGGGGGGCGUCCGUGAGCUCAAGACCGCAGCUAUAUAAAGCAGCUGUAAUUACAUAUGUUCAAAAACAAGCCAGCUGAACUUCAGAGGCACCCGCGUGAUCUUUUCAUCGACCUACAAAAAUCUCCAGAAUCGCAGUACGCAACAAGAAAACCAAAAACGCCACCGCUUCUCUAUCCUCUCUUUCAAACCGUCAUUUCUCAAUAAAUCGCAACGACUGAAGUCAGCAGUGCCUCUCAAUAGCACCGUUUUUAUCGCCGCACAACCUCCCAUUGUUUUGUGUAAACCGUUGUUGCUAAGCAGGUUUCGCAGGGCACAAAACACUUCAAUGCAUUUAUAUCACAACGGGAAUAAUUGCUCUUUAUUUCAUGUCAACACGUUUCGAACACAUCUGUCUUUUGACUCCCAGCGCGGACUUUUAAGUGGCUUUCCGACACCGGUCGACUAUAAAACCGAUAAUUCUCCCGAAAUGCACUUUUGACUGGAGGGCAUCUCUUUAGAGUUCAGAGUGCGCUUUAAACCCACGCUAAGGCUUGCUCACGUUUGUUCAUAAUGGACUCCUCUUGUCGCCUGUGGAAUUUCGUGUCUUUGCCGUUUAAAAAAAUAUAUUAUUGCUAAUUUCAUCCAGAAGGUGGUGGACAGAUGACAUCGGUCCAAACAAAACUGAAACGAGACGGCCGGGAAAAGGCGGGAAAAAGGGGUUACGGGCUUGGAUCUGGAUGACAUCAUGGAUUGAUGUUGUGCAUGUGUGCGGCAAAUAGCUCUAAUGCUGUGCCCGGGGUUAUUCUUUUUCGCGUCUUAUUAAUUUUGAAGGCUUAGUCAGUCAUUUUAUCGAUGAAGAUUUCGAUUGGACGCGCACCGAUAGAAUCGGAUGAGAACCACCAUUUAUUGAAUUCUGACUUACGGUGAGCCAAAGGAGCCUGUCAUGUUUCAGUUUGUGACCAACAGGUGGCACUGUGGGACUUUUCCCUGCAGCUGCACACCUGUUGGUCGUUAGGUAGUUUGUGGCUUUAAAAGGACUCCCGACCGACUACUCAGUGUCAGGUCAUUGUUUGUGGCUGUUUGUAUGCUACUGUCAUGUUUGUUUCAGUCGGGUUUUGGUCAUUGGUAUGUUUUAUCUUCAGUCAUGUGUUUUGUUUGAUACUUUGGACUUUGUUUUGGAUUUAGUUUUCUGAGUUUUAAUACAAUCUUUCAAGUACGCCCUGCUCCUCCCUCCCUACCUGAUUUUAGGGGGUCCACCACCACCUCGCAAACGUAACACAGCCACAUACACAAUUUUAUGCUUCCAUAAUUGAAGAGGACAAAAUAUCCUGAACUGGUAUAUAAUUUAGGGGGUGGGGGGAUGACGGGAGUAGGACAGGAGGUGAGGGAGGCUCGAGGAAAGGGAAAACCAGAAUGAGUGGCGUGGAGGAGGGCAACAUGAAUCAUUGGGGGUCUGAGGAGAAGAGGAGGAGGUGACCCGGAUGGAGGAUGAGGAGGAGAGAGACCCGAGUUGGGCGUGCGACUAAGCCGGAGAAGGAAAUCCUGAGUUAAUCAUGAGCAGGCGGAAGAGAGGAAAUGAGACAGGUGGACCGUAGGAAACACGUUAGAGAAGGAAGAUGAGGCGACAUGUUUGGUGGGGAAAGGGCAGACCUUGUCUGAGAUGGGAGAAGAGAAGGAGAGCCGGAGAGCAAAGUCGAGAGGAGGAGAGUUAAGGGGGCGGUGGGGUGUCUGUUAGGAGGAGGAAGAAGAGGAGGAGCUGUACAGUGAAAGCGCAACGGCAGGGGGAGAAAACUCCACAUGUCAAAGCUUGUCGACGUCAUCAUGGACUUUUAACACUUGCGAUCGCUCGCUGGCUCACUCCCUCGCUGGCUCGCUCGCUCGGAGUUGAAGACGUCACAUGCCGGCGGCGAGAUGUGCCACGUACGUGCCGAACGCUGCGCCGCGCCGCGCGGAGGAGCAUGAAUGAGGAGCACCUGAAUGAUAUUUUUGGAGUGGAUGCACGUGAGGCUGUUCGCCAGGGAUGAGUUGGCUCCUCUUGUGGAUUCUCACUGCAGUUGGGAUUCAACAGGCGUCCUCCCAGAAUUCCACUGCCAUGCCUGCGGCGGUCACAUCGCUGUCCACCGAGGCCUUCACCCCGACGCGGUACUGCCGGUGGCCUUGCGAGUGUCCCGCCGAGCCGCCCGCCUGCCCGCUGGGCGUGAGCCUCCUGACGGACGGCUGCGGCUGCUGUAAGGCGUGCGCCCGGCAGGUGGGCGAGGUGUGCAACGAGGCGGACACCUGCGACCACCACAAGGGGCUGUACUGCGACUACAGCUUGGACAAGCCGAGGUACGAAAAGGGCUUGUGUGCAUACAUGUUGGGCACUGGCUGCGAGCACGACGGCGUCAUCUACCGUAACGGCCAGAGCUUCCAGCCCAGCUGCAAGUACCAAUGCGUGUGCGUCAACGGCGCCAUCGGCUGCGUGCCGCUCUGCACAGAGUCCAAGCCGCCGCGCGUCUGGUGCCAGAACCCGCGGCGCGUCAAGGUGCGAGGACAGUGCUGCGAGGAGUGGAUCUGCGACGAGCCCCGGAGGGGACGCAAGGCAGCGCCCAGGCACGCCGCGGACGCGCCCCCAGCUGAGCUGAGCAGCUGGCACGAGAACUGCGUGAGCCAGACCACGUCGUGGAGCCCCUGCUCUAAGACGUGCGGGCGGGGCCUGUCUCUGCGCGUCUCCAACGCCAACCGGCGCUGCGAGCUGGUCAAGGAGUCGCGACUGUGCACCAUCAGGCCGUGCGACGUCGAAAUCGCCAAGCACAUCAAGACGGGCAAGAAGUGCUUGAACGUGUACCGCGAGGAACGCCCGUCCAACAUAAGCAUCUCGGGCUGCACCAGCAUCAGGCAGUACCGGCCAAAGUUCUGCGGCGUGUGCACGGACGAGCGCUGCUGCAUCCCAUACAAGUCCAAGACGGUGGACGUGGACUUUUUGUGCCCGGACGGCUCCACCCUCUCGUGGAAAAUGUUGUGGGUGCAGGCCUGCUUCUGCAACCUCAGCUGCAAGAACCCCAACGACAUUUUCGCAGAUCUGGAGAAUUACUACGGAUACCCUGAAGUCAUGAACUAACUAGGCCACGCCCCCUUUUGAAAACGUUUUGGUGUCGUCCCUCUUUCAUCUUUUUGUAUUUGUAACUCGUCUCUUUUUUUCCUAUUGGAAAAAUAUGUAAAUAAUGAAGUCAUAUAUUUCCACAAAGGACUUGUUCAGCAAUUUUAAAAACGGGACUUUCUGGGUCAGGUGUAUGUGUGUUCGUGUGCGUGCGUGUAUGUGUGUUUUUAACUCUUACUUGAACAAAGACAUGACAAAAAUAAAUACCUAAAAUUUGUAAAGAUGGA